AUGGCAGACGAAAAGAGCGUCAAGGACGCCGAGGCGCCCCAGAGCACCUGGAACAAGGAUGGCGUUGCCGAAGAGUUCGACGAGGUGGCUGAUCAAAAGCUGUCCAUCCGAACAGAGGCUGUGAUGGAUGCUGAGCUCGCCCAACUCGAAGAGCAGCUGCCGUCGCUGAAGAAGCCUCGCACCGAGAUCGAGAUUACCUUCUCCAAUCCCGCCGUCUUCACCUGGGUCCUUGUGGCCUUUGCCUCUAUGGGUGGUAUGCUCUCUGGUCUGGACCAGUCGCUGAUUAGCGGUGCCAACCUUGACCUCCCCGGCGCUCUGAAUCUCAAUAGUGGACAGAGUAGUUUGGUCGAUUCUGGUAUGCCUCUUGGUGCUGUUGCUGGUGCUCUCAUCCUUUCCCCGUCGAACGAGUACCUUGGCCGUCGCAUGUCUAUCAUUGUUUCUUGUAUCUUGUACACCAUCGGUGCUGGCCUGGAGGCUGGCGCUAUCAGCUUCGAUAUGAUCUUCGCUGGCCGUUUCAUCCUUGGUAUGGGUGUUGGUCUGGAAGGUGGUACCGUGCCUGUUUACGUCGCGGAGUGUGUGCCCCGCAAGCUCCGUGGUAACCUCGUCUCGCUCUAUCAAUUCAACAUCGCCCUUGGUGAAGUCCUCGGCUACGCUGUCGCCGCCAUCUUCUUCGAUGUCCCGGGGAACUGGCGCUACAUUCUCGGCUCCUCUCUCGUCUUCUCCACCAUCCUUCUCGUGGGAAUGCUCUUCCUGCCCGAGAGCCCCCGCUACCUAAUGCACAAGGGCCACGAAGUAGCCGCCUAUUCCGUCUGGAAGAAGAUCCGCGGCUUCGCCGACUUCGAAUCCAAAGACGAGUUCCUAGGCAUGCGCCAAGCCGUAACCGCCGAAUCUGAAGAACAAGCCCGCACCAAGAAAUACGCAUGGAUGGACUUCUUCACCGUGCCGCGCGCCCGCCGCGCCAUCGUCUACGCCAACAUCAUGAUCGUCCUUGGCCAGUUCACCGGUGUCAACGCAAUCAUGUACUACAUGUCGACCCUAAUGGGCGCCAUCGGCUUCGACCAGCGCACUUCCAUCUUCAUGUCCCUCGUUGGCGGCGGUUCCCUUCUUCUGGGUUGUAUCCCCGCCGUCCUGUACAUGGAGCGUUUCGGUCGCCGCUACUGGGCCAACGUCAUGCUGCCCGGCUUCUUCAUCGGCCUCGUCCUCGUCGGCGCAGGUUACACAAUCGACUACCAAAAGUACCCCGCUGCCGCAGAGGGUGUCUACCUAACCGGUAUCAUCUUGUACAUGGGUUUCUUCGGCUCUUACGCUUGUCUUACCUGGGUCAUCCCGUCCGAAGUCUUCCCAACAUACCUCCGUUCCUACGGAAUGACAACCGCCGACGCAAACCUCUUCCUGUGCUCGUUCAUCGUCACCUACAACUUCACCCGCAUGAUGGAGUCCAUGUCCCGUAUCGGACUGACUCUCGGUUUCUACGGUGGUAUUGCCGUGGUGGGCUGGUUCUACCAGAUUAUCUUCAUGCCGGAGACCAAGAACAAGUCUCUUGAGGAGAUCGAUGAGCUGUUCUCGCAGCCUACUUCCGUUAUUGUGAAGCGGAAUAUGAAGCAGACUGCCGAGGUUAUCCGGGAUCUGUCUCACUUCCGCUUCCGCAAGGUGUUUUCGCCUGAGCCUUAUUCAUCUUAG